AUGGAAGAUAGCAGCAAUAGCAGCUCUACGGCGAGUAAUGUGGCUCGAGCGAUUCUCGCCGUCCUCGAUUAUAGCUCCACUUCCGAUACUCGCAAAUCUGCGGUUGAAUUCCUGGAAUCUAUAAAAUCUGGAGAUGUCAGGGUUUUGGCAAAUACUUCCUUUCUACUUGUGAAAAAAGAGUGGUCUUCAGAAAUUCGUCUCCAUGCUUUCAAGAUGCUACAGCAUUUGGUCAGACUACGGUGGGACGAAUUAAGUCCUACAGAGUGCAGGGAACUUGUUAAUGUUUCUGUUGGACUAAUGUCAGAGGUUGCCAAUGCAUGCGAGAAUUGGUCUCUUAAGAGUCAGUCAGCUGCCCUUGUAGCUGAGAUAGUUAGAAGAGAAGGCCCUAAUCUUUGGCAAGAGAUAUUUACUUUAUUAACUUCCCUUUCUGCACAGGGGCCCUUGCAGGCUGAAUUGGUCUUGAUGAUGCUGAGAUGGCUUCCUGAAGAUAUUACAGUUCACAAUGAGGACUUAGAAGGUGACAGGCGUAGGCUAUUGUUGCGGGGACUUACUCAAUCUUUGCCUGAGAUCUUUCCUUUAUUGUAUAAUCUUCUUGAGAGACACUUUGGAGCUGCAAUAAGUGAAGCCGGUAGGCAGAAUGUCGACUUGGCAAAACAGCAUGCGGAUGUGGUUAUAGCUUGUUUGAAUGCCAUCAUCGCAUAUGCUGAGUGGGCUCCUGUUCCAGAUCUUGCCAGAUAUGGAAUUCUUAGUGGGUGCAGCUUCUUACUUUCUUCUCCUGACUUCCGUCUUCAUGCUUGUGAGGUUUUCAAACUCGUCUGCUCAAGAAAAAGACCCAGUGAUGCUUCUACUGCAGAGUUCGAUUCUGCAAUUAGCAAUUUGUUUCAGAUCCUGACCAAUAUCUCCAGAGAAUUCUUAUUGAGAUCCUCCUCAAGUUCUAGCGUUAUAGAUGAAAGUGAUUACGAUUUUGCUGCAUGCCUGUGUGAAAGUAUGGCCUUGUUAGGCUUAACGAACUUGCAAUGUAUCUCUUCUGAUGGCGGUGUUAUGGUUGUUUACCUUCAGCAGAUGCUUGGCUUUUUCCAACACUUCAAAUUAGGCCUUCACUUCGAGGCACUUAUCUUUUGGCUGUCAUUGAUGCGAGAUUUACUUCCAAAGCACAAAGCCGCACAUCCAAGUGGUGAGGGAUCAUCAGCUGGCAGUGUGGAUGGUUCAAGCCAGGGUGAUAGUGAAAAGAAAAAGACUUUAAGUCUUAUUAAUGAUGAUAUCUCUAGCGCUCUACUGGAUGUAUCCUUUCAGCGGAUGCUCAAGAAAGAAAAAGUUCCUCCCGGAAUUGCUCUUUCGCUUGGGCCCCUAGAACUUUGGAGCGAUGAAUUUGAAGGAAAGGGAGACUUUGGCCAGUACCGAUCCAAGCUUUUAGAACUGAUCAAGUUUACUGCGUCUCACAAACCUCUCAUUUCCAGCACCAAAAUAUCCGAAAGGGUUAUUACACUCAUUAAGAAUCUGUUGGCUUCUCCAACACCUCUUCAGGAUGUAGCAGUGAUGGAUAGCCAGCAAUUAGCACUUGACUGUAUUGUGGCAACAAUUUUUGAUGGAUCAAAUGAGUUUGCUGGCGGGAGUUCUGAAGUUCAUUAUGCAUUGCGCGGAAUAUUUGAAGGAUUACUUCAGCAGCUUCUCUCUUUGAAAUGGAAUGAACCAGAACUCAUAAAAGUGCAUGUGCACUAUCUGGAUUCAAUGGGUCCAUUUCUCAAGUAUUAUCCCGAUGCAGUUGGAAGUGUCAUCAAUAAACUAUUUGAGCUUCUCACCUCUCUUCCACACGUUGUGAAGGAUCCAGCUACUAGUACAUCUAGAGCUGCAAGAUUGCAGAUUUGCACAUCUUUCAUAAGAAUAGCCAAAGCUGCAGAAAAAAGUGUUCUGCCUCACAUGAAGGGUAUUGCUGAUAGAAUGGGUUAUUUGUCAAAAGAGGGAACUUUACUCCGUGGGGAGCAUAACAUUCUGGGUGAAGCAUUUCUUGUUAUGGCUUCCUCGGCAGGAGCUCAACAGCAGCAAGAGGUUCUUGCUUGGUUAUUGGAACCAUUGAGUCAACAGUGGAUCCAACCAGAGUGGCAGAACAAUUAUCUAUCAGACCCGAUGGGUCUUGUUCGUUUAUGCUCCAACACACCCUUCAUGUGGUCUAUAUUCCACACUGUUACAUUCUUUGAAAAAGCACUCAAGAGAAGUGGUUACAGAAAAAGCAAUUUGAAUACGACCUCUGUGACAACUCCAGCUUCACAUCCUAUGGCUAAUCAUCUUUCUUGGAUGUUGCCACCCCUCUUGAAACUACUCCGUGUUCUUCAUUCUCUUUGGUCUCCCUCUGUAUGCCAAACAUUACCCCCAGAACUGAGGGCAGCAAUGACAAUGAGUGAUGUUGAGCGACACAGUCUACUUGGAGAAGCAAAUCCUAAAUUGUCAAAAGGCGUAUCGGUUUAUGCUGAUGGGUCAUUCGAUGGAACUAAAGAAGGACAAGCUGAGGAUGUAAGAAAUUGGUUGAAAGGUAUCCGAGAGAGUGGAUACAACGUGUUGGGUCUAUCAACAACCAUCGGAGAGACAUUCUUUAAAUGCUUAGAUGCUAACUACGUUGCGAUGGCACUCAUGGAGAACUUGCAGACGAUGGAAUUCAGACACAUACGGCUGUUUAUUCAUAAUUUUGUCGUUCAUAUAGUCAAAUCUUGUCCGGCGGAUAUGUGGGAGGCAUGGCUCGGAGUGCUUCUGCACCCAUUGUUUAUUCAUUGUCAGCAAGCUCUCACCUCCUCUUGGUCCGGUCUUCUGCACGAGGGCAGAGCAAAGGUUCCAGACUCUUUUGGCGUACAAAGUGGAUCAGACAUGAAGCUUGAAGUGAUGGAGGAAAAAUUGUUAAGAGAAAUAACUCGGGAGAUUGCGACCCUCUUUUCAAUAAUGGCUUCUCCUGGAUUAAACCCAGGAGUUCCCGUUUUGGAACAUUCAGGCCAUGUUGGUCGUGUGGACAUGUCUACUCUCACAGAUUUGCAUGCGUUCAAAUACAACUCUAUGGUGGGUUUCGUCCUGAAUCACAAAAGCGUGGCUCUACCAGCACUGCAGAUCUGUUUAGAAGUCUUUACCUGGACAGAUGGAGAAGCGACCACCAAAUUCUGUUACUUUUGUGGUGUUGUUGUUCAUCUAGCUAUACUAACAAAUAACGUGGAGCUACGAGAAUUUGUUUCAAAAGAUUUGUUCUCUGCAGUCAUCCGCGGCUUAGCCAUGGAGUCCAAUGCCAUUAACAGCGCCGACUUAGUUAAUCUAUGCCGUGAAAUAUAUAUCUAUCUCUCCGUCAGAGACCCAGCUCCUCGCCAGGUUUUGCUUUCGCUCCCUUGUCUCACUCCCAACGACUUGCAUGCUUUUGAAGAAGCUGCGGCGAAAACUCCUAGUCUUAAAGAACAGAGGCAGCUCAUGAGGAGCUUGUUGUUGUUAGGUGCUGGGAAUAACUUGAGAGCGCUUGCUGCUCAAAAAAAUCAGAAUGUUAUCACCAAUGUCACAGCAAGAACGCGCCUAAACGCAAGCGUUUCAGAAACUCAAGCAAAUGAAGGGGAAACAAUUGGAUUGGCCAGUAUUUUGUGA